AUGGCGGCGCCCAAAACCUACGACUUUGCAGACGACUUCAAAGCGCUUUACAUAUCAAAGCAAAAGCCCGAGCCAGCUCCUGUGCCCGAAAGCAUGAACGCCCUGAUCCAAAGCUACCCUCCCCUGAGCCAAGUGACACCUGUCAAAAGCCCUGACGGUGUUUCUUUCACCGCUUUGCUGGAGGUACCAACUUUUCGAGCCAAGGAGAGCUGGGAAAUUGCGCUAUGGCACUCCCUUGACGGCCAAGACUGGACCGAGCAUGAAGUACCCAGGAUCAAGUCCAGCGAGGGACCUCAGGUCCUUCAUGCAGACUCGAAAGCCGUCUCGAGAAUGUACUUUGCCACAAAAGUAUCGUUCAAGCAUUCACUACGAUUCACUAUCAAAUUCCGCCAUAGCGUUGAUGAGCCGUGGAGAUGGAUCCGUGACGAGCAGGGACUGGAAGACGGCCACAUCGUGCUCCUCCCCGCCCCCUCUGAGUCUGACGAUUUAAACGACCUGAUUACCGGGCUUUCUCCUUCAUGGACAGUCAAGUCUCGCAUGAGCCAAGCUCCAAAAACCCAACUGUGGUCUCUUCAACUUACCGUGCCUCCUUCAUCGGACGAUAACUCUUCAUACACUUUUCACCACCUCGGGAAGCCUUGGGGCUCGUUCUUGAGAUGGUUUGCCAUUGUCCGGCUGUGGUCCCCUUGGCUAGCACCGCGCCAUGGAAGGACAGACUUCUCGCUCGACAAGGACGCAAUACUGUUGGCUUUCCAAAGCCCACAAGGCAGAAACAUGGUUCUGCUGGCUGUCUCUGGCAUCAACGAUACAGUGCCCGUCUUUCAAAGCACGUCCGACGGCGCCAUUGCCGUAACCGUUCGGAACGACUCCGUCUCGGAUGAGGAGUGCGUUAUCCUCGUGUCCGAAGGAAAUGACUUUGAAAAGGCCGUUGCCGCCGUCAUGUAUCACGCGAGAUCGCUUGUUCAGAAGGCUCGGGGCAAGCAUGAAGCUCUGGAAGCCGAGUUGAAGGCUCUUUCUGAUGCAGUACGACCAGAGUGGCUUGAUGAAUGGUACGACGGACUCGGAUACUGUACAUGGAAUGCCCUUGGCCAAAGGCUGACUGAGCAAAAGAUUCUUGACGCAAUCGACAAACUGAAAGAGCACAACAUUGGCAUCACCUCUCUGAUCAUUGACGAUAACUGGCAGUCAAUCGACUACAAAGGAGAGAGCCAGUUCCAGUACGGCUGGCUCGAUUUCGAAGCCGAGCCGGAAGCGUUUCCCAACGGCCUCAAAUCAACCAUCCAGAAAGUGCGCCAAAAGAAUAAAGACAUCCUACAUGUUGCCGUCUGGCAUGCCCUGCUAGGCUACUGGGGCGGCAUCUCGCCCGACGGAAAGCUUGCAAAGAAGUAUAAGACGAUCGAAGUUGAGCGCGAGGAGGCCAAGCGGCGCAACCUGCCCCUCGGGGGAAAAAUGACAGUGAUUGCCAAAGAAGACGUUGAGAAGUUCUACGACGACUUCUAUUACUUCCUCGCCGACUCCGACGUCGACGGCGUCAAGACGGAUGCCCAAUUCAUGAUCGACAUGUGGAAGAGCGCCUCCGUCCGGCGCGAGCUCAUCAACACAUAUCUGGACGCCUGGAGCCUCGCCUCCCUCCGCUACUUCAGCGUCAAGACCAUAUCGUGCAUGUCGCAGAUCCCGCAGGCGCUCUUCAACUCGCAGAUGCUGCCGGGCCGGCCUCCCUUCCUCGUCCGCAACUCGGACGACUUCUUCCCCCAUAUCCCCUCAUCGCAUCCCUGGCAUGUGUGGACGAAUGCGUACAACAGCAUCUUCAUGGAGUAUCUGAACGUUCUUCCCGACUGGGACAUGUUCCAGACGGUGCAUGAUUAUUCCGGUUUCCACGCUGCGGCGAGGUGUGUCAGUGGCGGGCCGAUUUACAUCACGGAUGUUCCCGGGGAGCACAACAUGGACCUGAUCAAGCAAAUGACGGGUGUGACUCCCAAGAGAAAGACUGUCAUCUUCAGGCCAAACAGCUUGGGAAGGGCCAUCUUCCCGUAUAUCGGCUACGAUGAUGACCUGCUCCUCAAGGUGGGAAGCUAUAACGGACCAGCAGAGAUUGGCACACCAAUCGUAGCCAUCUUCAACAUCUCAGCGCGUCCCCUCACCGAACUCAUCCCCCUUUCCUGCUUCCCGGGCACCGUGCCGUCUCAGCAGUACGUCGUACGAGCCCACGUCACGGGCAAGACAUCCGCGCCCAUGAAGCCCGAAGACGCAACCUCGCUCAUUGCCGGAUCCUUGGACGUUCGAGGAUACGAAAUCUUUACAGCCUUCCCAGCCAUCCCUCUCAAGGGCGGUAAUCACGGAGACAUCUGGGUGGCGAGCCUGGGGCUGACUGACAAGAUGACGGGAAGCGUGGCGCUUAUAAGCAGCGACAUUGAAGUGAAGGACAACGGAAGGGUGUCUGUCGGCGUCAAGUUGAAGGCUUUGGGCGUUGUCGGUGUCUACAUUUCUGCGUUGACUGAACUGUCCAUCAAGGAGAACUUGAUGGUGAUGCUCCAGGGCGUGGCAGUUCCUUUGGAGACCGUGCGUUUCUCAAAGCAGGACCCUCGUGUGCUCGAAAUCGACAUUGAGACGGCCUGGAAGGAUCUGAAGCUGGAGGCUGGAUUCAAGGACGAGGUUGAGGUCAGGGUCAGCUUUGCCGGUUAG